UGCAGAAAGUUGCUUAUCUGGCUUACAACGACCAGCUGCCACACAAUUUUAACGGUACAAGAGGCGGCCACACGAAGGGUGUGCUCUUGGCGGGACACGGCAUCGACAUGGGCACCGUCUGGCUCCAGCAUAGCGUGCCAAGGUUCAUCGACGACGUCAGCAAGGGCUAUACGUACCCGAGCAACGGCCGAGAGAACGGACAACUGUUCUUCUGCAUCACAUUUCCUCUAGCAGCGGUGGAAACAAUUUCAUACCACCUUCAAGUGCAGGCUGCGAACGUGUACCAGACACGCUACCUGCCAUGGGUGGAGAAAUUCCCGCAAUUUUCUGCAUUGCUGAAGAAGAAAUACAUGAAGAAGUUCAACGACAUACAAGUUGACAUUCUGCUUACUCGGAAGAAGAGACCCGUUUUGGCUAUUGCAAAGUCGCCCAAAUGGAUGAGAGACAUCUAUACGGAAGAGCUCAGUAGGAAAAUAGAAGACAGUAUGACCGUACAGACCUGGAAGAACGGUGCCGGUGGAGCACAAGAUAUGUACUGCAAAGGCAAAUACACCGUCACUGAUGUUCAGUACGUUAGCGUGAAUACUCAAAGUGGACUUCUACAGUUCUCAAGUCGUGAGGACCACAGCAAGUGGUCCGUCGCACGAACUAAGGGAGUAUUCUGCUUUUCCAGCCUGAACCGCAUGAUUUCCCAGUGGAGGCGAGGAGGCGAAAUUACGUGUCUUGUCGACAUACCGCUAGCUAAACUAUUCAGAGAUAGUAUUUACAAGCGAAGCAAAUGCAAUGCAAAUCGCGAAAAGUAGAAUAGACAAAUGUCCAUUAUAGAUGAUUACGUCUGCCUGAAGAAAGCAGGAGUCUGAAAAAUAAAAAUAAAUAAAAACAUUCCUCCACCCAGAACACCAUGAAACAAAUAGAUUACAUAGAACGAACUUAAACUCGUCUACUAAGUAAAGGUCUCAGAAUGGGAGAAUACCGACUGGAAAAUAUCCUGCAGAAGCGCAUCAUAUUUUCAGAUCACGGCAUGUCAAAUAACACUACUCGCUGGCGCUGCUGCAAGUGCAUUCGUCGCAAAUGUAUGCUCAUUUUCUUUCGUGAAUGAAUUUAAUAAAUCCUUCUCAUGAAAACUGUUA